AUGCCCCUGCGUAUCACACGAAAAAGCCGAGUCGGGAAUGUGCAGCAAAACCUCGGACGACGAUGGCAGGAAGAUCAUGACGAUGAAAAAAAAGAAAAUUGUGCAUGAUCCAUAUGAACGUGGAAAAAUAGAAAUGUGUUUCUUGCAUAUUAGGAACGAAGAAGUAGUCAUCGACGAAUAGUACCCGCUGUGACUCCUUAUCGAAUGCAAAAAUGUCUGGGUCUGGAAGAAUUCAUGUUUGUCAUGCUUGUCUAGCGAGACUCUUAAAUCUGUCAUGCACGUUACCCAAGAGCUCCGUUUUUCUGUGAUGCAGAAGCGCAGUUUGUCAUGCAGAAUAGGCAACACCUAGGAGCUCAGAAGCUUGUCAUGUUGAGCCAGCAUUUGUAGCCUCAUCAUGAAACGCCACCCAGCAUCACAAGUCUCCAGACCCAGACAUUUUUACAUUUGAUACACCUAGUACUCCUGCAUUUUGCUUCCAUACACACCGAGGGGUUUUACCCGAAGGGGUACUCGUAUGGAAGUGUCAGAAUCGAAAUUGACAAAAUCGAAAAAUUUGUGAUGCAUAAAAUCGAUACCAGUUGGAGCCUCAGUUUCCAAGUGGCGCAUCACAAAUUUCGGGAGCACCGAAAUCCAGUCUGUCAUGCUGUUUAGACAAAGAAGACUGCCCCUGUCAUGCUAUUCUGGCAGCACAUUGCAUACCCCUAAACAGGCUUGCCAUCGGUCUCAUUUGCAUGCUCCCCAAGACAGGCCUUCAGUGCCCUACAUUUUAUGCAUCACAAGUUUUUCGAUUUUGUCGAUUUCGAUCCUGACACAUCCAUAACUCACUGGAGAAGGCGCUGGUAAAGAAUUUUGCGAACCACAUGGCAGCAGUAGGAUUGAUCAGUACGAUGAGAUUCGUGUGCAUGGGAGAAAGACAGGACUUAAGCAUAAGGAAGUUCUUGUAUAAGUCUUGGAAAAAAUAAAUCAACACCAGGGCUCUCCCGCGGGUUGGGACUACGUGACCGCCUAUUUUCCGUACAGCGAUGAUCCACGGACAAUGUCGCAGAAAAACCACGUCAACAGCUGUCUCAUCCGGUUCUCGGUAUAUCAUGACUGUGACGGUUUUGGAUUUUUACUUGUCAUAUGUGAUCGCGUUUCUCUCUCUUUGCAGGUGGUUGUGGUUGUUACGCGUGAAGAGGCAAUCAAGAACAAAAACAGCAAUUCUGCCGCUGCGCCCGUGAACUAGGAGAGGAGGAUCCGAGGUGUCGCUACCAGUAUUUCCGCGCGGAGUGCAACUGUUUUGGAGGUAAUAUCAGUGUGGUUUUUAAAAACCCGCAUAAAGUGUUUCUCUUGCAAAAACUAGAAAGGGUAAGUCGUUUAUUGCGUUUCUGAUGCUUGAGAGCCGUUGCAAAAAAUAGUUGGUAGGCAUGAUCCGACAACAAAUAUUUACAGCCGAUCUGGAUCUCUUCAUGCGGAAAAGGAAGGAGGGUAACUGCAACGUGGAUAUCCUGCCGGAUCGCAGUACUAAGAAUCAGAAGGGGCACUAG